GUAGUCAGGCAGGUGGCGAGGCGCGUCCUGUCAAACCACAACUUUGAGCUCUGUCAGACGCUGCAAACAAAUUUUGUAUCUGUCAAGUAAGUUAUGGAAAAGCCAAAAUGUUUGUGUAAUUACGUAUAAAAUGUACGCGUAUGCGCAGAAUUCAAUUCGCAAAAAAAGAGGUGGAAGAUCAUAUAAUUAAGGGGGAAUAAGUGAUUGAUUCAACUGGUUUAACCAGAAGCUACUCUUCUUUUUUUCAUAUAUAUUGUGCCGAUGCUAUGAAUAUACAAGAAUAGUAAAAAGUCUGACAGUAAAUUGUUGUAAACAAUUUCUUGGCGAGGCACUAUUGUAACAUGAGUAGCAAAACCUUAAAUGCUCUCGCCGAAGAGUAUUUCUAUAAUAUAAAUCCUCUCGCGCAACGAAUCGGCGAAGAUGUAGCUGCAACCAAAGAUGCUUAUGAAGGAUUAUGGAACACGUUAAGUCUUGCGGAGAAAAACCAAGCCAUAGAUGAGACGAUCAUUCAACCCGAAGUGGCGCUAAAAUAUACCUUGAAAAAAAGUGAAAAUGUUAAAGACUUGCCUGAUAGUUAUCCAAAGUUGCGCAUUCAAACGGGAAUGAAAUACAUGAUUGACGAUACUGGAUCGACCUUACGCUGGCGCGACGAACAUUCGGCACCGUUUUCUGUGAUGACUCAAUCUCAAAUGAAUUUGAAUAUAUUCGAUUCGCAUGAAGAGACAAAGCCAAAGUUGUCAAGUAAUUAUAUCAGUGAUUCUUCACAUUUCUCAAGCCCGUCAAAAAUACCAAGGGAUAACGAUACUCUCCACAAUGAUAAUUAUAAUCAUAACGAAGCAUCUAUUAAUCAUAUGAAUUUUAAUCAGUCUGAAGGUUUUUCUGAUAAAGCCAAAGGAUAUGUUGCUAAUGAGCGUGAUAUUCUGUUGAACAGUCAUCCAGAAACAGAUAAACCAGAGAGUAUUUUUUCAAAGCUUAUUGGCAAAACGUCACUUCUUAAAAUCCAAAAUAAUUUAAAUAACGAGGAUACGGAAUGUCUGGUACCACAAAAGAAUCUAUCAGGGAAAAAUUGUCAAGUAACGAUUCAAAACACGGAUAAAAAUCAGAUGAAUAUUAACUUGACUUCAUCCACAAAAAUGAAAACUAAUGAAAUCAACGAGUCAACUGCGCUAUUAGAAACCCCCAACUCUUACAGUAGUUUUCAAUUGUCACAACUUCAGGAUGACGGUAUUCCAAAGACUGGCUUUGAAUUUUUGGACAAUUGGUAAUUGGUUAACAUGUUCUCAGACAUAUUAAUAAUCACUACUUGUAAUGUUUCGUUUCAUUGGGCCAGUUACAGACAUACGCGAAUUUGAAUUCUAUUUCUACUAGGUAAUUGAAUUUGUGAUGCUGAAAGCAAAUGCUGCAUACCAAAGAAGAUAUUGAAUUAAAUGCAUUGCAAGUUAUAGCAUACAGCAGAAAUGGUGUCCUUGUAAAUUGACUAUUAAUCACGUAAAUUAAUACAUCGAUGGUCAGUAAAACGUAAAAUCCUGUUAUCCGAUUUAUUAUAUUUUGACGAGAGUGUCAUUGAUGAUGUGCAUUUUACUUGUUUUCUGUGCAUCUGAAUUACCAGUAUUUAUCUUCUAUUCAGAGUUUUGAUUUUGGACAUACUAUCCCUGCUGAAAAGCUACGAAUUGCAUUCUAUUUCAAUCUGAAUUUUCUUUAUUAUCCGGGAUGCAUUAUACGCCACAAGUGAUUUGCUUACAAGCUCUCACCAGCUUAGCCUGUAAUUAAUUGUAUCUCUGAUAAAUUUUGAACUUGAAGUCAUAUAUUUAUGACAAAGUAUGCUCACGUGAAUCUAUCAUGAGGUUAAUGUCAAGGCAACGAAAUAAACGCAUGAAAUUCAGUUACUUGAACUACCGAUUGAAAGUAGAGGGGAUGGUAGUUGAAAAGUAAAUUACUACUCGAAGUAAUUUUUACGCUUGUUUUUUUCACACUCGUAAAUCUUUACUGGCUUCAAUGGCUGAUUUUCUUUUUGAUGUAGAUCAACUUCCUUAACGUUCUAAACUUGAUGACAUGAUCUGUCAAUGUUUCACGAUAUUAUUGCAUCGGUUGAUGCAGAAUAAUCCGAUAUGCAUACUCUAUUGAUAUUUGUGCUUGGCUAUUGGUAAGAAGAGGUAAAAAUGUGGUCUAUACAUAGUCCCCAUCUUUUAAAUUUUCCCUAAUGUUAUUCUUGAUAACGUUAUUUCACGACUAGUAAAGUUUCACUUGGAGCUGAUUACUUUUGCGUAUGCUCUGGGAACUUAUCGAUUUCAAUUUGAUUGCAGUUAACGAUUAUUGUUUUAAGAUCAAAUUGUUCUAAAGAUGUGGAUACAUGUAUAUUGAUAUCAGAGAAUGUUUACAACUUUAGUACUACCUCGAAUUAUUUUAUUACAUUAAUAAUAUUCACACAAAAGGCUAAUAGAUUCAUAAACUAAAGCAAGUAAUCGAUGGCCAUGCUGAUAAGUUACUAAUUUUGAGGCUAUUACAUUUAGACUGAUUCCAUGCAUUACAAAAUGAAAACCUACGUGUAUGAUUAACAUUAGAAAUUUGCAUGAUUUAAGAUUCUUGAGUUUUGGGAAAAGUUUGAGAAAAUGUCUAGUUUAAAUCAAUAAUUGUACAGUUUCGUGACUUGAGACAAUAUUUCGCAUACCUUCGAUGCUAGAACAAUUUUACAUGUAUGGAUAAUGGGUAAAAUGAAUAUAUUGAAUAGCCAUUUUUAAAAAUAACUUUUUUACUAUCUCAUUUUUCAAGACUACUUAGCGAAUAAACAUAUCUUUAAAAGUUAGUAUCAGUAGUAAUGUAAGU